ACAAACCAACUACACUCGUUCUUCUCAGACCAGUGGCUGGAUAUUGCUUUGGUGGGAGAACAGAGAAGUAAGAAAGAUUGAAAGAUAAAACUCACCCAAAACAAAUGGCUACGGUUACAGUCUCAGCAUUCUCACCUCUGGCCUCGCUCCGUACACGCAAUCAUUCCCAUUCCCUUGCAAUUCCCAUUCCUUCUCCAAACCUUUCGUUCCGAAACGUUUCCACCUCUUUCCAGCGUUUAACGCACAAGGACCAGAGGUCCCGUAUACCCACAAUUAUAAGGGCAGUCGAAGAGGAAACCCUAAUUCCAGUUGAAGAAGAAGAGCAAAAACAAGAAGAACCCGCCAGCAGCGAGCAACAGGAACAGCCCGUUUCGGUCCCCGUUUCGCCCUCCGACACUCUAACCAUGCUCUUUCAGGCAGAUGGAACAAUGAGUGACGCCGCUAUCCCUUCAGUAACCAACGCCUUAGAGGAAACUCAAGGUAUUACCAACUUAAAAGUUGAAGUUGUUGAGGGUAUUGCAACUGUUGAGUUGACAAAACAAACAACAGUACAAGCUACUGGGGUGGCUUCCAGUUUGGUUGAGACCAUACAGAGUUCAGGAUUUAAGCUACAAACAUUGAAUUUGAGCUUUGACGAAGAAGAGGAAAUUGCUGUAUAGAGCUUGUGUGCUGGUCUAGGAUAAACGAAAGUGGAGAGGAAAAAGGCUGAGAAAUAUAAUGUUGAAGCUCUGUUUCCUUGGAUUCAUCAUUCAUGGUUUGUAUUUUGUAGUUAUAUAGGCUGCCUCUACCAAGUUUUGGUGAAGUUGAACUUUAGACAGACAUAGUGGAUAAACAAUUUUACUGUCGUCGUUGAGAUGGUUUUUGUGAGGUGGUUGUACUUCUACUAUGUAAAUUUGCAUGAUGCUAAUUCUGUUUUAUACCUAAUCUUAUUAGCAGAGCCAUGACUUAGAUGCCACUAGGUCAAGCUCAGAUAUAUUUUUUUUAA